AUCGAUGCUGGUGCGAUCAGUCUUGCGUUUAUUAUGGUAACUGCUGCCCGGGAGCACAUUACGGAUAUGCUGAUUACAGCUGUAUUAAUACGCACGUGUACCCAAAGAGUGCUGAAGAAGAGUCUUAUUAUAUGGUUGGUACAUGUCCUGAUAGUUAUAAGGAAAACACAACUGUCAUAGUACUGUGUGAUGAAACGGUUGAGCCAUGCACUGGCACGGAAUCUUCAGUGAUUUACAAGAACAAAUACUGCGGGAAAUGUAAUAAAGAGCUCGACUGCAUCUCUUGGAACAUAAAUGUAGAAUGUGAAAAUGCAGACGAUUUUGAGCAUAAAAUGAAAUCAUUUUCAUCGAUAACAGAUAUGAAGCAUGCGCUUGAUACAAACAAAUGUAGAAUUAAAUUCCGACCUCCUGGUAAUAAUCUUGGUUAUCCAUGCAGUGAUCCAAAAUAUGAUUAUCUGAGUAAAGUACGUGUCGGAAAGUGUAAUGUUUCCGGAUUUUGGGAGACAUACGAUGAAGAUAUAGAUUGGGCUUGCGCAAAUUUUAUUACCCCCUACAAACAUUUCAAAAAUAUGUUCUGUUAUAUAUGUAAUCCCAGUCACGCCAACAUGCAAGCUGUUCCUUUGAUUGAUAAAUGUAUUCCGGCAAAUAACAAUUUUGGGUCAGAAAUCAAUCAGGCAUGUGAAUCGUUCCCGGUAACCGAUCGACUGGCGCCUUUUAAAAAUAUUUAUUGCUUUGUGUGUAGUCAAGGAGAUACACUAUUGUUUGAAGACAAUGAAUACUCUUUACAACACAUAGGAGAAGAAAACACUUUAGGCUUAGAAACACGGCUCAAUAUAACUAUAUUGUUUUCUGGAGAACUCAAUCUAAAUUAUUUUAAAACAUUUGUAGACGAUUUUCUUGCCACAGAUUUCAGGGUAAGCCAUGAAAACACCACUCCAAAUAAAGCAACUCAACUGAAUCACUAUACUACAGACUUUAACGACAUUGUAGACGAUUACAAAGCUGUAUGUGGAACAAGAACGCUUUGUAAUUAUAAGAUGGACAGAAACAACACCGAUAAGGUUUACGGCAACCCUGUCUGUAAGACCUGUAUCUGUGACAGCAUUUGUGUGGAAAGUGGAAGUUGUUGUCCUGAUAUUUUAUUAACUAGACAACCAUAUUCUUGCUAUAGCCCUAUGAUGUUUUCAUCAUUUUAUAAAAGUGAAAAAUUAAAAGCGACUAAAGACAUUAGAUAUGGUAAUUUCACAACACAUUUGUACCAGACUAUAGACAAAUGUAUAAACGAAGAUAUUUCAUCAAGUAAGAAAGAAAAAUGCUCUAAUCAGACUGACACAUCGGAUCGUUUAUCUAGAAUUCCUGUCAGCACAGAAGGGAAUACUUACAAAAAUGUAUACUGCUAUGAAUGCAACAACAAUAAAUCUACAAUUACUUUAAAAUUCCAAGUCUUAUGUAAAUUUUAUUUGGAACAUAAAUUAUUUACAAACGCAGACCGACUACUUAAGGCUAUCAAACUUUAUUGUGAUGAGAUAUCAUUUGUUCCAGUUAAAAACAAAUUAUGCCCUACUUCAUAUGAUUCGGAGAAAGCUUCGCUCAGAAGUGGAGAGAAAUUUGUUCGUAGAGAACUUCACCCAUCUCAGUUUAAUUUUACAGUAAGAAGAUACAUGGAGAUAAAUAGUACCGUUUACGGAAAACCUGUGAGAAACGUCUUUGACAAAUGUAACAAAACCGGGAAGUAUCGGAAUUUGAGAAAUGAUGUUGUUAAAAAUAUAUGCGAAACCGAUGAUGUAAACAUAUUGUUACUUCCCGAGUAUCGAAUAGACAACAAGUUGUAUAAAAACUUUGCUUGUUUUCUUUGUAAUCCGGAACAUGACUUACCUGCAAUGGAGUCUGAUAACGUUACGUCACGUUGUUUAUCAAACACCUCUGUGGAAUGGUAUGUACCUAACGAAACUCUGGAAGAUUUGUGCAAUGGGACAGAAUUUCACCACAGAUGGUACCCUUACAAAAAUAUGUACUGCGCCGAAUGCAAUCUUCCGCCAUGGCAGCUGCUUGAUGUAAUUGUAUUAUCGUCCAUGGUGCUGCCAGCUGCUGGGUACAAAUAUAUAUUCUCCCUUUCACCGGCUGACUUUGAACACCUAGAUGAGGUAAUCGAGACAGAAGCUAUCCCGGAUUGCACAAGUGGAACAUACGAUUAUGCUUUGAAAAGAUGCCGACAGCUAAGCUGUAAUGACGGAUUUCAACUGUUUAAUUCUACUUGUAAACCGGUUCUACAAUCUGCGGUACGACAUGAAUACAGUCUUUCAUUUAAUAUUCACUAUUCAGCGGAAGAGACACAAACAUUGUUUAACAGUACUAAAAGUAACAUGACACUUAUCGUCAGUUUUGAAACACUUUGUGCAAAAGUUGUAAACAACAUUACGAAUUCCUUUGGAGAAAGGACGGAGCACGUUGUAACAUAUUUGGAAUGUGCAGCCUCACCUUGUAUGUCAUUCGAAAAAUAUGACGUUUCCGAGCAAUUUAUAGAUCUCGUUCGGAUGAACAUAUUUCGAAUCCAGUUGACUGUACUGAUAAUGAAAACCGAGACGCUAAGCAUUGUCCAUACAGUUCUUCUAAAUUCUCUGAAUGGACAAUUCUAUAUUUCGGAUAUUCAAGACAUUGAUGGACUACCACACACGAUUCUUAUUCGCUCAACUCCGGAUAUUACGAAGAUGAGUGAUAGACUAGAUAUAAAUGGAUGUGUCCGUUCUCAGGUGAACGGAAAUUCAGACAUAGAAUCACAGCAAUUCAGCCAUUACACUGUUGACUCAUUCCUUACCUGUGGACAGGUAAAACUGAAUGCAAGCGAAGUGUGUUUAGACAUAGAGUCAAAUAACAUUAGUCUGAAAAACACGAAUGCUUCAUUUUCAGAUUGGGAAUAUAAAAGUGUUAAUAACAUCAUCAUUAUAUGUGCAGAGGUUUAUAAUACGAGAACAUUUAUCAAACCUGGUGUAAUUUUGGUUAUUCGAACCGAACUUAUCAAGUCAGUUUUCAUCGUUUUCUCUUUUGUUUGCACAAUCAUUUCACUGGUAUGUCUUUUUCUUACAUUUAUCACGUAUUGUUUUAUUCCAUCCCUUCGCACUAUUGCAGGAAAAAAUGUAAUGGUUUUAUGUAUUUCUCUUUUCUUUUCACAAGCAUUGCUGCAGUUUGGUAUAAAUGCCACGCAGAAUGCAGCAUUGUGUGUAGCAAUCGGGAUAUCAGUACACUUGUCUUGGCUUGUUUCAUUUUGUGCUAUGAAUAUCUGUUCAUUUCAUACAUUUAAGGUUUUUUAUUACAAUCGGCCUGCCCAAAACCAAUCUGAUAACUAUUUGUUUCUUAAAUAUUCACUUUACAUAAUUUGCUUUCCAAUCUUUUUGGUUUUGAUAACUAUUUUUGCAAGUCUAUUGAAAUCAGAUGCUUCAGAUAUUGGAUAUGGAAAAUAUUAUUGUUUCAUUUCGGAUUUCUAUAUCUUUAUUUUCACAUUCAUCACACCAGCAUGCUUGCUUUUUGUUUCCAAUAUCGUGUUUUUCUCACUGGCAUUUCACAUAAUCAGAUCCACUCCAAAUGUGCACGGUACACGAGAUCGUAACCAUUUUUAUAUUUGUCUCCGUCUCUGUACAAUAGUUGGCAUUGCUUGGCCUUUACUCAUCAUUGACAGUUCUUUGGGAAUUACUUGGUUUUCUUUCAUUGUUGCUGGUGUGAAUGCUUUACAAGGUGUUUUCAUUUUUGUCUCCUUCGUUCUAAAUCGUAGAGUUGCCUCAAUCUUUGUUUCAAUAAUAUCACAGAAAAUAGGACGACAAACAGUCAGCACAGAUACAAGCGGUACUAAAAAUACUAAAAGUAGUCCUGGAAACUACAGAGCAAAAUGUGCAGAAACAAAUUAACAUUUAUAUAGGCUGUAUAUAUAACGUAAUAUGUUUCAUAUAACUGAGAUUUGUAUCAAUGUGGACGAUGUGGGCGGAAUAUUCAAAAGACAAGUAAAUAUGUCUUGAAUAUAUUUAAUUGUUAAUGGCUUGUUAACUCACCUGCUUUGGUGAAUGUUUUCAAAAGUAGUUGUUAAUUUCAUAUUUAUUUAUAUUAUUUUCAAAGCAUUAAUAUAUCUAUUUUAGCGGACUAUGGACUGUUCACCUUUUUUGUUUGUACAUAUUUUAUUAUCUCAUUUGAUGUUUAAUAAAUGUAGUGAUUUACAAUUCUUUAAAGUAGGCAUGGAAGAACACAGUGACGUGUAAAUCAUUAUUACAAGGUACGGUGAAG